AUGCGUAAUCUACCACCAGUUGCCCUUGCAGUUCGCAUCGGAAUAGCACUUGCGACAUGCACAUUCUUUCAACCUGACGAGUACUACCAGUCGCUGGAAGUCGCCCAUCAUCUCGUGUUCGGCUACGGGCAGCUUACCUGGGAAUGGCUUACGCCGAAGCCGAUACGGAGCAUCGUGUACCCCGCGCUGAAUGUACACAUAUACUGGUUGCUCAAGGUGCUUAGCCUGGACGACACCGCUGCUUUGAUCUGGGGCCCUAAGCUGCUGCACGGUGCGCUCGCGGCUUGCACAGAUAUUUGGCUUGCUCGCCUAACGAGAAGGACCAUUGGGGAGAGGUACGUGGACGCAGCUGUACUGUUCUCCUUGACAUCGUUCUUUCAUGGCCUGUCGCUCUCGCGUUCCAUCUCAAACUCUGCGGAGACGUCUUUGACAACUAUGGCUCUGAGCUUUUUCCCUUGGGAUGUCAACAUGCCUCGAUGGAGAACAGACCUUCAGAAAGCCUUGCUAUGUGCUGCGUUGGCCUGUGCUAUCAGGCCCACAAACGCAGUUGUAUGGGUGUAUAUGUUCGGAUGGCUAUUGUGGACGUUGCGCAAACGGCGAAGUGAAGUCCUGACAGUCGUAUUAAGCGCCUGUUCUACAGGGGUGUUGGUCCUCCUCGCACUCAUUGGUCUGGAUUCCCUCUACUACGGCCAGCUUACCUUGACACCAGUCAACUUCCUGCUCACGAACGCCUCCUCCGUGUCCUUGUUCUAUGGGAGGAGUCCUUGGCACUACUACCUCUCGCAAGCGCUUCCUCUGCUUACCACCACAGCGCUUCCCUGGGUUCUUCAUGGUGCCAAUCUUGCAGCUAGAUCACCGGCGCCGGCGCCCCUCAGGGUUCUCCUCGGACUCUUGGUGUGGACGAUUUCGGUUUACUCCUUCGCAGGCCACAAAGAGUGGCGCUUCCUCCAUCCCCUUCUCCCGUCCAUGCAUGUCCUUGCGGCGAAGUCGUUCGUGGACAGCCGCGGCGCCAAAGGCAGUUCGCGCUCUGGCCCACUAUUGGCUCGUCGCGUCUUGAUAACGCUUUCCGUGCCCGCCCUGAUUUACGUGACUUUUUUCCAUGAACGUGCCCAAGUUGCCGUCAUGCAUCACUUGCGACAUCUCGCGCCCGAGACCUCGCGUUCCAUCGGGUUCCUUAUGCCGUGCCACUCAACACCAUGGCAAGCGUACCUGCACCGGCCUGACCUAAACAAUGACGGUGUGCUGUGGGCGCUGGGUUGCGAACCCCCUCUUCAGGGUCAGGACGUCACCGAAUAUCAAGACCAAACAGACGUCUUCUAUGCAUCGCCACUGGAAUACCUCGAAACCCGAUUCCCCGACCGAGUAAACGCAACAUUUCCGCCUUCCUUCCUACCCCGGUCGAAACCGGGCGUGGAUGCAGGAGAAAUUCACCCGUGGCGACACGAAUGGCCGCAGAAUCUAGUCUUCUUCGGGGCCCUGUUGGACGAUCCUGACGUCAGAAAACUUCUUCUGGCCCUGGGCUAUGAAGAGGAAUGGAAGGCCGAGUACGGCUGGGAGGGAGACUCGCGCAGGCGAGGCGGGGUCCGGGUCUGGAGGUACCGCGAUCAUAUAUAG